AUGUUGGUGUACGGGGUUGGAAGUAAUACUCAAAAUGAAGGAGUCGUCGUACAGCAAAUUUUGCGCGUCCCCAGAGACCAAGGAGUGGUUUCAGUGUAUAGUGACAGUAAAUUACUUACCACCUGGGGGUACGCCACCGUGUUAACGAAGAUAACGUACACGCACGACAAAAAGUAUUACGGCUACUUUACGUCCAUGUCUCGCCUGCCCGUCGAGUUUCCCUACCUCUAUAUUACACCGGGCACUUUUAAAUCGCUGCCUCCAGACACCAAAGCCCUUUCUUGCCGCGCAAAAAUAACGCCUCACGGCAUCCGCACUCCCUGGAAAACUGGAUCCACCGUAGUACAGCCGGUCAAUUCAGACAUGUUGGUGUACGGGGUGAGUUCGGUGGGAUUAAACUUGUACCUGGACACGGGCAUGGCCAAGCCGGGCACGGGCACGACAGACAAUCAAAUGGUAACGACGGAACCGAGCGAGUUUCACACAAACGACCAUCGCCUCUUGAUCGAAAAGUACUGGGGCGUAAGCAUGGACAGUAGCGGCACUUUAACAAAAUCCGACACAAUCCCCACGUGCAUGGGGGUACCGCGGCACAACAACUGUUACGACUUUAUUCAUUGUGCCGACUUUGCACCCCGCACCAACAAGUUUAUUAACACUUUCCCCUUCAAAAGUCACGUUGGCACUCCCAUAAUUAAUUACGAUUACACUUUUCAAAACGGCUGGCUGCGUACGUGCGCCCCAAUGUGUGGGGAUUCCAACACGUACAUAGCCGCCCCUUCGACCGUAAUGGGAAAACAACUUUCGACCCUGGACUCUACAAUCAAGGACACCAGCGUGCAAAAUUCCGUAAUAAUGCUACAGCGAGAGGAUUUUGACAGCGAGUACGACAGGCCCAUCGAGCGCGAACACAGCCACCAGGGUUUAAUACACAAUCCCCCCAAUUGCAGCAAGGCGCAGCCAAGCGUGGGCUUUGGAAUUUUGGCAGUAAGCAAAAAAUCGAUCGAUUCUCCGGGCAGCAACGAUAAAUUUCAAGACGUGUCGGCAUUUUUCCAGGUGGACACAGAACUGGUGCUUCACUCGAGCAACGAUACAAUAUCGCCCAUGCAAAAAAUUAAUAGCGCGUGCCACCAACACUUUACCAAAACUAAGGUAAACAAGUAUAUCCCAGCUAACCGACAAACACACUUGGGCCACUACACAUAUCACGAAUCUGCCGGAACUGCCAAGUUACUCUCUGUACCAUUCAAGCCAUAAUAAAGAAACUUUUUAUUGUUUCUUGUACCCACAUCGCCUGCAUAUCUCGUUAUUCGUCAACCAAUUGACUACUCUGUCCCAUUCUUCGUCCAUUGCUCGUACCAUCCGCUGACAGUAAUCAUUUUCGCUUUCAUCUUCUCUCCGAACAAUGACCAGAUGAUCGUAAUUGCCUCGAAGCACCUUGGCACAAAUAUCCCUUUCCUUAAGAUUUUCUUCUUGUGUCUUCUGCGCUUUUACCCUCUCCUUAUGCAUGCGUGCUUCGACUUCCCUCUUUCCAAACUCGACGAGUUUAUCGACGACCAAUCGGAGAAAAUCCUCCUUGAAAUCCAUGGAGCACUCGAUUGCCCUGGACACGGGGGAAUCCUCAAUCUUCAUGUCGUCGUCGUCGUCGU